AUGUUGGUAACAAGUACAUUAGAGGAUUGGCGAAACUCGAUUGGUAGACUUCAGCACCAACUAUGAAUGCUAAUGGGUAAGGCUCCUGUGCCAAUGCUGCAAUAAUUGGCGUCAUACCCCCUCCUCUGAAGGAACUGCAGAGAUUCUUCCCUCUUGACUGAUGGCCCUUCGGAAUCUAGCAAGAUUUGCUGGGAGUGCUUAAACCCUAACCCGACUGUAUAAUGGACAGUCGAGUAGGUUCCUCACAGUGAUUUUCGAAGCAAGUCAAGUUUAUUUGAAUCUUUCAAAACUGUUCAUUGCUCUGGCCAACAACAGAUCACCAGCGGCUUAUCAGGGGUUUGGUUAGAAGUGGAGUAGUGUGUUUUGGGUGAGAAUGGCUGAUCGUAACGUGGAGAAGCUAGCGUCUAUUGAUGCUCAUUUGAGGUCUCUGGUUCCUGGCAAAGUGUCCGAAGAUGACAAGCUUGUGGAGUACGAUGCCUUGUUACUCGAUCGCUUUCUCGAUAUUCUUCAAUUUUUGCAUGGGGAGGAUCUUAGGGAGACGGUUCAAGAAUGUUAUGAACUUUCAGCUGAUUAUGAAGGACAGCACAAUCCUCAGAAGUUGGAGGAGCUGGGAAAGGUGUUAACUAGUCUGGAUCCAGGAGACUCGAUAGUCGUUGCAAAGUCUUUCUCGCAUAUGCUUAAUUUGGCAAACUUGGCCGAGGAGGUUCAGAUUGCUAACCGUCGAAGGAACAAGUUGAAAAAGGGCGAUUUUGUUGAUGAGAGCUCAGCAAUAACUGAAUCGGACAUGGAAGAGACCUUUAAAAAACUUGUGCAAAUGAACAAGUCUCCUGAACAAAUCUUUGAUGCACUAAAGAAUCAAACUGUUGAUCUGGUGUUCACUGCACAUCCUACACAGUCAGUCCGAAGAUCUUUACUUCAGAAACAUGGAAGGAUAAGGAACUGUUUAGCACAAUUAUAUACCGAAGACAUUACUCCUGAUGACAAACAAGAGCUUGAUGAAGCUUUGCAGCGGGAAAUUCAAGCUGCUUUCCGCACGGAUGAGAUUCGAAGGGCACCUCCAACCCCACAAGACGAGAUGAGAGCUGGAAUGAGCUACUUUCAUGAAACAAUCUGGAAAGGUGUUCCCCAGUUCUUACGACGUGUUGACACGGCUUUGAAGACUAUAGGAAUAAAGGAGCGUGUUCCAUAUAAUGCACCUCUUAUUCAGUUCUCUUCCUGGAUGGGUGGCGAUCGUGAUGGCAACCCAAGGGUCACUCCAGAAGUCACAAGGGAUGUUUGCUUAUUGGCCCGAAUGAUGGCUGCUAAUUUGUACUUUUCACAGAUAGAGGAUCUCAUGUUUGAGAUGUCUAUGUGGCGAUGCAGUGAUGAGGCUCGACUUCGGGCUGAUGAGAUCCACACAACUGCUAAGAGAGACACAACAAAACACUACAUAGAGUUUUGGAGGCAGGUUCCUACCAGUGAACCAUACCGUGUUAUUCUUGGUGAAGUGAGGGAUAAAUUGUAUUAUACUCGUGAACGUUCUCGUCAUUUAUUAUCACAUGGAAAGUCUGACAUUCCUGAGGAGGCAACAUACACCAAGAUUGACCAGUUCUUGGGAUCUCUUGAGCUAUGCUACAGAUCUCUUUGUGCUUGUGGAGACCAGCUCAUUGCUGAUGGCAGCCUUCUUGAUUUUUUGAGGCGAGUUUCCACCUUUGGACUGUCAAUGGUGAGACUCGAUAUCAGACAGGAAUCAGAAAGGCACACUGAUGUCCUUGAUGCCAUUACCAGACACUUGGAAAUUGGUUCCUAUAGGGAGUGGUCUGAAGAAAAAAGACAAGAAUGGCUUUUGUCUGAACUCCGCCAAAAGCGUCCCCUUUUUGGGCCUGAUCUUCCCAGGACUGAAGAAAUUGCUGAAGUGUUAGAUACAUUGCAUAUCAUAUCAGAGCUCCCAUCAGACUGCUUUGGAGCAUACAUAAUCUCCAUGGCUACAUCACCAUCUGAUGUACUGGCUGUGGAGCUUUUACAGCGUGAGUGCCAUGUAAUGGAACCACUAAGGGUUGUUCCUCUCUUUGAGAAACUUGCUGAUUUAGAGGCUGCUCCCGCUGCUAUUGCUCGGCUUUUUUCAAUUGAAUGGUACAAAAACAGGAUUGAUGGUAAGCAAGAAGUCAUGAUUGGUUAUUCUGACUCUGGAAAAGAUGCCGGGCGAUUUUCAGCAGCCUGGCAGCUAUACAAAGCUCAAGAGGAGCUUGUUAAAGUUGCAAAGCAGUAUGGUGUAAAGCUAACAAUGUUCCAUGGUCGAGGAGGGACAGUUGGGAGAGGUGGUGGCCCUAGCCAUCUUGCCAUACUGUCUCAACCUCCUGAAACUAUCCAAGGAUCUCUCCGGGUUACAGUUCAGGGUGAAGUUAUCGAGCAAUCAUUUGGUGAACAGAACUUGUGCUUUAGGACACUUCAACGUUUUACUGCUGCCACACUUGAGCAUGGUAUGCAUCCACCCAUCUCACCAAAACCUGAAUGGCGUCAACUUAUGGAUGAAAUGGCUGCUGUUGCUACAGAGGAGUACCGUAAUAUAGUAUUCAAGGAACCCCGGUUUGUCGAGUAUUUCCGCCUCGCCACACCAGAACUGGAGUAUGGCAGAAUGAAUAUUGGGAGCCGACCAUCUAAAAGGAAGGCAAGCGGUGGUAUUGAAUCACUCCGAGCUAUCCCUUGGAUCUUUGCCUGGACACAGACAAGGUUUCAUCUUCCUGUUUGGCUUGGUUUUGGUGCAGCAUUCAAACAUGUCAUUGAAGCAAAACAGGAGAAUCUCCAAAUGGUGCAGGAAAUGUACAAUACAUGGCCAUUUUUCAGAGUCACUAUUGAUUUGGUUGAGAUGGUUUUCGCCAAGGGAGACCCUGGCAUCGCUGCUUUAAACGACAAGCUUCUCGUUUCAGAAGACUUAUGGCCAUUCGGAGAGCAGUUGAGGUCUAAAUAUCAGGAAACUCAGAGCCUUCUUCUCCAGAUUGCUGGGCACAAGGAAAUUCUUGAAGCAGCGCCAACACUGAAACAGCGGAUUAGGCUACGUGAUUCAUACAUUACAACCUUAAACGUGUGCCAGACAUACACACUGAAACGGAUUCGUGAUCCCAGCUUCAGCGUGACAUGUAGACCACACAUCACGAAAGAGAAAUUUGCUUCACUGGUAGACCUCAACCCUACAAGUGAAUACGCCCCUGGAUUGGAGGACACUCUCAUCUUGACAAUGAAGGGGAUUGCUGCUGGUAUGCAAAAUACUGGCUAACUAUUUUGCGUCGUUUCUUCUUCUUCCUCCUCCUCUACCUCGUGUUUAUGAUAUAAGUUUCUACGACGAAUCCAUCAAAAUUUCUGAGUUGCGAACUCUACACACCAAGCGGGAAUUCAAAAAAGCUGUGAUUCUCUUGGCCAAGAACUUUUUCUUUGCUUGUAGGCGUUGAAAACGCUAAGCUAACAGCAGUGAAUAAUGUUUCCUUUUUGCAUCAAUGAUUUACACACAAAUUUGAUGACGAUAUGAAAAUCCGAUUCCAAUCAUCUACAGAA